GUACAAUAGCCAGAGUGAUGUGGUGCUGAGUAUAAAUGUGUGAGCAGCAGUUUCUCGAGUCUACAUCCUCAGUCUUGUUUCCUCUGCAUGUUUCCAACACGAUGGCUGGUUAUGUGUGCUGUAGAGCUCUGAGAUUUGUCCUGCUUUUUCUGCUCUCUCCUGCUUUCGGGGCGGAGGUUCAAAAUCUCAAGAAAAUAAGUGAUCACCUUCAGAAAACCUAUGGAUUUAGUGGUCAGUACGCUCUGGGCAUUAAUGUCCCAGAUAAAUAUUGUGCUCAAGGUGCCAGCCUUAACAACUUCCUCUCUCAAGACCCAGAAAAUGAAGUGAAGAACAACAUGAAAAGUUCUGAAUGUAUUUACAUUGGUAAUGAGCUGGUUGGUGCCACACCAAAACCGUUUGGUAAUAGAGGUAACAACAUCCACUCUGAGUACCUGUUGCUGAGAAACUCCGAUCCUUCACCCAUGCAAAACCUCCUGAAUAAACAGAAAGAAGGCUGCACGGUUUUCUACACCAAGAACUCCCCCUGUGUGAAGACCUGCUCAACACCUAAUGGAAACCACAGCAUCAUCCCAGCUCUCGAGAUGUUCACCAGGCACAACGGUCCAAAAGCCUUUGUUUUCAGUCAGAUUUGGAAAUAUGAUGUUGGUAAGAAGGAAUGGGAAGAAAACAUACUUGAGAUAGACACCAGAAUUCCAGUUUAUCACUGCAACAACAGUGGAUGUGUCCAUUGCGUCACAAAUAAUGGAGUUAUCGCUCGGUGCAAAGGCAAUUAAGAAUAUUGAAUAAAAUUGCAUAGAAAAGAAUGCAUGUGACAAAUCUGCUGUUCUGCUGAAAAAAUCUGCUGAUCGCUUUUGCUAUCCCAUUUUACAUUUAUCAAUAAAGACACAAGCAUUUAA